CGCCCGCGCCCGCGCCCAGCCCGGGGCUUUUCAUGGAAGAGAUGUCGGGCGAGAGCGUGGUGAGUUCGGCGGUGCCGGCGGCCGCCCCGCGGACCACCCCCUUCAAGGGGACCGGCCCCAGCUCCAAGUACGUCAAGCUCAACGUGGGCGGGGCCCUCUACUACACCACCAUGCAGACGCUCACCAAGCAGGACACCAUGCUGAAGGCCAUGUUCAGCGGUCGCAUGGAGGUCCUCACCGACAGCGAAGGCUGGAUCCUCAUCGACCGCUGCGGCAAGCACUUCGGCACCGUCCUCAACUACCUGCGCGACGGGGCCGUCCCGCUGCCCGACAGCCGACGGGAGGUGGAGGAGCUGCUGGCCGAGGCCAAAUACUACCUGGUCCAGGGCCUGGCCGAGGAGUGCCAGGCCGCCCUGCAGAACAAAGACGCGUACGAGCCGUUCUGCAGGGUGCCCGUCAUCACGUCCUCCAAGGAGGAACAGAAGCUGAUCGCGACGUCCAAUAAGCCGGCGGUGAAAUUGCUGUACAACCGAAGUAACAACAAAUACUCGUACACCAGCAACUCGGACGACAACAUGCUGAAGAACAUCGAGCUGUUCGACAAGCUGUCCCUGCGCUUCAACGGGAGGGUCCUGUUCAUCAAGGACGUCAUCGGCGACGAGAUCUGCUGCUGGUCCUUCUACGGGCAGGGCCGCAAGAUCGCCGAGGUCUGCUGCACCUCCAUCGUCUACGCCACCGAGAAGAAGCAGACCAAGGUGGAGUUCCCCGAAGCCCGGAUCUACGAGGAGACCCUCAACAUCCUGCUGUACGAGGCCCAGGACGGGCGCGGGCCGGACAACGCCCUCCUGGAGGCCACGGGCGGGGCGGCCGGACGCUCCCACCACCUGGACGAGGACGAGGAGCGCGAGCGCAUCGAGCGCGUCCGCCGCAUCCACAUCAAGCGUCCCGACGACCGGGCCCACCUCCACCAGUGACCGGGACCGCGGCCCCCUCGGCCCCCGCUUCCCGCCGGCCCCCGACCCGCAAGUGCCUUCCGUCUCCCCCAAGCCCCCCGCCGGUGGGCGUCUCCCCGUCCCCUUCCGGCCCCCGUCCGGACUGGCCGGCUCCCGCCGUCGGCCGGUCGGUUGUAGCGCCCGGGCGCCCCGCCCUCGACCCCGUCCCCGUCCCCGAGCGUGAUCUCGGCUUCCGGCCCCCCACGAGUCCCGGGGAGACCCUCCGUCCCCGGAGCUCUCCCUUCUGAAAAUCCGAGGGCGGUUGUACGCCGAUGGAGCCGGCCCGCCCCCCUCUCCUCUCUUUUUCUACCCUCUCCAGCUCUAGCGGGGUGGUGAGCCCAUCACCUCACGGACAUCGGUUUAACGGCCCAGAGACGUCCGGGGGUCCGGGGCCCCGGAAGCGACCGCCGUCGUUGGGAAGGAACGCGGGAGGUCGGCGGAGGAAAUGCUGGGAGCGGAAGGUGUGACGAAAGGCGGGUGGGCGCCGGCGAGGGCAGGACCCUCCACGCCCGACGGGACGGGGGUCACCGAGCACCCGCUGGGGGCACUUGGGGAGUGUAUGGCGGAACCAACGGGCGGGUUUCCCCGCCCACACGGAGCUUACGGUCGAGUCGAGGAGCCGGGCCUGAGACAAGUCUCACGUGGGAGGACGGCGCACCGGGACGGGGCCGUCUCUGAACUCAGAAGAGCGGCGAAGGCCCGGCCCGGGUCCGGACGGCGGCGGAUCGGGGAUUGGGAAGCGGCCAUGGAAGAGCCGGAAGAGCGGUCGCCCCACCCACUCCGGGAAGAAGUCCGGUUGGCACAACUGCGUACUCGGCGGCACAACUUUGAGGGUCUGAGGAUCCCCCGUGAGAGGGAGGGAACGACGCCUUUUAGAGAAACUCUGCCUGGACUUAAGGUCUUCGUUCCCACAGACUGUGGGGAGGGAGGGCGAGGGCUACCAAGGCCCCGGCACACCCAACACCCGCCGUAGGCCAGGGGGUCUCCAACAAUCGGGGAGAGGGCCGGGCCUCACGAGACCGUGGCGUGGACGUCGCCAACGGGGCUGGCAGCAAGAGGCGUCCGAGCCGGGCCCGGGCUGGGAAACGGAUGGUGGUCCCACCCCGCCAGAGCUGAGGAGAAGCGCUUCUUCUUGUCAUUUCCCGUCUUACUUGGGUCGUCGUUUCCCGUCCGUCCGUCCGUCCGCCGGUGGCUCCCACGGCGCCUGUGGCCGGGGAGAGGCCGGCGGGCCAUCCCGUCUCCGUUUCAAUCCCACUCCAAUAAACCGAAACGCCAUCCGGA